AUGAUUGACGGAAAAUCACGCCUGUUCAUAAAGCCAUUCUCGGACGAUAAAUGUAUGUGGCAACUUACUUUUAAAGUAUCAAGAGACGAUGAUAUCUAUAAUCAACUCAGUCAAAAUGAUUUGGAUGGAUUACUGAACAAAGCUAAACAUACUAUGAAGGAUUGGUAUAGACCUAUAACGAAAUUAAUGGAUGAUACAUGCGUUAGUGAUGUUCGUGCCGGUCCUAUAUUCGAUCGAGAUCCGUUGGAGGCAAUCGAAAAAGAUGUGGCAUGUGUAACAAUGUUAGGCGAUGCCGUACAUCCAAUGAGCCCUUUCAAAGGUCAAGGUGCCAAUCAGGCACUUAUGGACGCAGUCAGCUUGGUGAAAUCUCUGGUGGAACAUAGAGCAGAAGACAUGGGAGUCGAGAAGGCUUUUAUUGAAUUCGAGACAGAAAUGUUGAAUCGUUCCAGAAGAUAUAUUUUACGAUCAAGAUUUGCUGUGCAAUUUCUUCACACAGAGAGUGCGCUAUUAAGUGAGAAUAUGUCCCAAUUUGUGAGCGGCAAGCUCAUAUUAGAAUAAAUACUUUCAACUGUAAAAGAUAGGAUAUCAUACAUUUUGUUUUGUAUCAAGGAUCAGAAUGAUUGAAACAACUUAAACUUAAUGACAGCCUACAUUUUGAAUUAGUAGUAUUGCAAACAGCAAAGAAAGUUAUCGGACUUUUUUCAUGGAGAGUAUUUUUGUUAGACGAAAUCACUUGAUAACACUGUUUGCUUUCCACAUGGAAAUUUACCAGAUAAGUCUUAAAAUCUGGCUCACCUUAAAUUGAUAUCUAUCAUAUAUCACAUAAAAGAACAAAAGCUUACUGCAUAUUUCUGCAUAUUUGGUUUUUAGUUUAACAUCAAGAAAAAGUAGAUUAGCAGGGAUACUUUAAUCCAUAAUGAUAUAAGUACAGACGAUUUCUAAAUUUGUUUAUCAUGUGGCUCAUUUACAUGAUGGUUUGCAGAAAAGGUAUAACGCUUAUGCCUCUAUCAAAUAGCAAUGAACGCUUU